AUGCCCCCCUCGGCAGUCUGGAGGGUCGGCGUGGCUCCACGUGAGCCUCCCACGCCCACUCAGGCCGCACAGGACCCGGUCACUCACCUGGCCCAAGCGGCAUCGCGCUUCCUCCCCAGGGUGAGUCUGCUCCGCAGCGGCGCCGGCAGGUCCCACAGGUGUAGCCUCGGAGGCACAGGCAGCUGCUCAUGCUCCCACUCACGUGCUCUGGGACUGCAGCACAGGGCACCAUCCACCGCUGCCACAACCGCCAGCGUGGCCGAGGCCGGGCUCUCUCACGGCGGCUACAUCUUGACGGAGCCCACGGCCGUCCUCAUGCCCUGA